ACAACACAAGUGUCGCAGGGUUGGGGAGCUAGCGAGGAGUUGAUGAGUAGAAUUCUCUCACACGACUUUCAUCGAACACCUAUAGAUCUCUAACCCAACGUGUCAAUCUACUAACUAACCACGUUGUCUUUCGUAAAUCUGUAAACACCACUGUUUCUCAAGACUUCAUCGUGACCGUCUUCUUCUUCCCGUAUUCUUAUUCUUCUACCAAAAUCCAAUAAAGAAAAAAAAAAAAAACAGUAACCAUGAAUCGUGUAUUAUCACCAUUUUCCAAACACUGUAACAGAGCAAUUCACCAAACCAUCUCAAAGCACCGAAGCGAAACCCAUCUUCAAACGGCAGGUCCCGUGGGCUCUCUAAUAAAAUCCCGUUCCGUAAUACGAUUCCGAGGACCCGACACAAUCAAAUUCCUUCAGGGACUAUUGACCAACGAUAUACGCAAGUUUAGCGAACCUAUUGGCGAUAAAACCUCGAAUUUGCCUACACCUAACGUACCCACCUCUUCGGUUCCUCCUAUCUAUGCUGCGUUGUUAACCCCUCAAGGUAGAUUCCUCUACGACCUUUUUCUUUAUAAACCGCCAAGUUCAGAUACCAAGCUUAAUAGGACCGGGACUGGACCUGUCUCCGAACCCGAUGAACCCUUUGAAUUGUUUGCUGAUGUUGAUGCUUCUGUUUUGGAUGAAUUGUUGACAACCUUCACCAAAUACCGGUUGAGAUCGAAGGUUGAGAUUGAUAAUGUUGCCAGCGAAUUCUCGUGUUGGCAGCGAUACGGUUCUGGACCUCUUGAGAAUUCCUCGGAUGUAGAAGAACCAGAAGCAGCCUCUGUUGGGUGGGGGGCCGGUGAGGAUGGUGCUGCAAUGUCAUCUUCUCAUGGGGGUAAUCUUGGCUGGCAAUGGUUUAAGGAUCCCAGAUUAGCCUGUCUUGGUUUUAGAGGGAUCUUCCCGUCAAAUAUUGUUCCACCUUUAAUUGAGGCUGACAAAGAGACUGAUGAACAGAACUAUCUUUUGUGGAGAAUAGAAAAGGGAGUAGCGGAAGGUUCAAAUGAGAUUCCAAAAGGUGAAGCAAUGCCGCUUGAGUAUAAUCUUGUAGGUCUUAAUGCAAUAAGCUUUGACAAAGGUUGCUAUGUGGGGCAAGAACUCGUAGCUCGGACACAUCACAGAGGGGUGAUUCGGAAACGUGUAGUUCCUCUAAGGUUUCAAGAUACUGAUGGGAAAGAAGUCGAAAACAAAGUCAUUCCUGGUUCAGAGGUAAUUAACACAGCAUCUGGGAAAAAAGCUGGUUUAGUGACUACUGCCAUGGGAUGUCGCGGGCUGGGACUCUUGCGGCUAGAGGAAGCUUUAAAGGGAUCCACGGCUUUGUCCAUUCAAGGACAAGAGAAUGUGAAGGUUGUCGCUAGUAAACCAGAUUGGUGGCCUUCUGAUUGGCUUCAAGAUCUUCAACAGCAAACUGCUUUUGCAUAGGAUGUUUGAUGUUAUUCAAAAGAUAAGUAUCUUUGAAUAAUUUGGUUGAUAAGGAAACUGUGACCGCGAGUGUUGUGGAUUUUCUUGCUGAUAGAGUUAUGGAGACGGCAGUUUGUCAUAUUUCCCCCUUAGAAACCUUAAUGUAGAACAGUUUUUGUUUUGGUUUAGAAAAGAAUCAUGUAUUUUAAAAUUGUACAAAGCCCUAGCUAGGCAUUGCUGUCUCAUUCAUUUUGCUUGAUGAGUAGCAUAAGCUAGAAAAAUAUGAUUAGUGUAAACUUAAUGACCAAUUUUGUUCUGGUAACAGAUUCAAAUUUUCUUUUUUGUUUGUUUGUUUUCAUUAUUGUUAUAAUGAUAUUGAUUGUUCACAUGUUCUACAAAAAUAGUUCCAAGAUCAAAACCUUGGGUGUUGGCUAAUAA